AUGGUUGCUAGCUAUAAGCUUCCAGAGAGCUUCCUCAGCAAAAAUGUCAAACUUCUAGCGGACCUCGACAAAAAUACACCCGCAUUCAAGGUUACCGACGUAACUAGCCAGGACCCCGUCGAAGAUGGGACCACAAAUAAGAAAACAGACGAAGCCUCAUCAUCUCCGCCACCGACCCCGCCUGAUAGCAAUAUUUGGUCAAUUACCUCCUCUGGCUAUAAUGAAAUCAGAGAAAAGGCAAUUAGCGGGCUCUUAGUUGACUCCAACGGCAAAUUCGACCACAAGAAUCUAGGCCUUCUUUUUGAUGUCAAAACGGAUACGGCGAAUAUAUAUGGACAAAAUUUAGUGCAGUACUUGUGCAAAGAUCUCGGGGCAAAUUAUAUGGAAUUUAAUAUCGACGAUCUUGAUAAACUCGGGCUUGAGUUUUAUAAUCAACAUAAAACAGAAAGAGAAAAGAGGGAGGAAAAGAAAAAGCGGAUCGAGGAAGGGAAUAGGGAAAGGGCAGAAAAAGAAGCCGCACAGAAGGCCGAGGAGGAAGCCAAGGAAGCAGUGAGAGUAGCGGAGGCUAAGACCGAAGGCGACGAGAGGGCUGAGGCUACUGAGGGUAACAAAAUUGACGGACAGAGCGGCAAUGCAGAUAGUAAGGGCGAAGAAAACGAGACCUCAAAUCCAGACAAAGACGAAAAUAACGAAGAAGAAAAUACCGAGGAUGAAGACGACGGUGACGGCGAGCCAGACGCCGAAAGAGGUCACUUCGCAGAGUUUUACUUCGGAACACCAAGCCGUAACGGUGAAUAUGGUAAUGAACAAAUGAGCCAGCGAAAUAAGAGAGCAUUAGAUGCUCUUCUUGAUACUCCAGCUAUUCUGAAUACAAUUGGGACGGAUCCAAUUAGUACAAAAAAACAAUGUAACGGCAAAAUCCCGCUCAUUCUAUUUGUCUAUGGAAUCGAAAGGAUGUUGGAUAUGACUAGAGGUUGGCGUUUUCUAUCUCGUUUACGCGAUGCGAUCCGAGAACGCCGGAAGGCUGGUGUUCCAAUUUUUAGCAUUUUCUUUUGGACCAGGGCAAAUUCACGCUCCUGCUAUAUCAGGGCCCAUAAGAGGACCAGCAUUUAUAAGAUGAGCUAUCUGCCCGAUAGUAUUACCAAUCAAAAGGUGUGGAAAUUGGUGGAAGGUUCGUUGAACCGCGAGACCAAUAUUAGGGCUCUGAAGAAGGCUUUACAGAGUCGUUGCUCUUAUUUAGUUGAUGAAGGCGUUAUUGGUGGGGAGGUCGAAUGGGAUUUGAAGGGAAUGGAGAAUGAUGAUUCGAUUAUGAGCCGUAAUCACAUGAGUUCGGAGGAACUCGACCGCAUCGUUAAAUUGAUUACGGCCCGAACUUGGGGGAAACAAAAGGUUGACUUUGAAGAUAUCUCAGAAGUUUUGAAUAAGAUAGAAGCGGCGCGACGUUCAAGAGAAUCAGACACUAAGGACGAGGUGAUGCCUGAACUCACUAGUGAGGAGCAAGAUCUCAGAAGAUAUGUGAUAAAACCAGACCCUGUUACCAAAGCUACUGUUAAGCAGUUUGUUGCUCUUUCAAAAUUGAAAGUCAGUAAGAAGAGCUCAUUUUUGUUCUCAUACUUCAAGUCGCCUGGUAUCUUAUUGUUCGGUCCGCCUGGUACUGGAAAGACCCACCUCUGUCGUGCUAUCGCAAACGACUCCGGCCACACAUUCAUAGCCCUUUCUGCUGCGGAACUCAACGGACGCUACGUUGGCGAAACGGAAAAGGCGAUUAGUGCAAUGUUUAGCCUCGCACGGAAGCUUCAUCCUUGCAUUUUAUUUCUUGAUGAGGUAGACUCGUUGUUCUAUAGACGAGCUAGCAAUGACAAAUCGUGGGAGAGGGGGGCAUUGGCUCAAUACCUUCAGGAGAUGGAUGGGAUAGCUGCGGAGAACGACAGCAGCAAAGCGCCACUUGUCAUUGUAGCUACGAACCGACCAGGCGACCUCGACCAAGCUUUCUUACGUCGAUUACCGUAUCGCGUAUUUUUGACUAUGCCGAGUUAUGAAGAACGUCGACAAAUUCUCGAGAGGAUGGUUCCAGCUGAGAAUCUAGCCGAAGAUGUUAACCUUGCAGAUAUCGCGAAGCAUACGGAAGGAUAUUCAGGAUCAGACCUGAGAACAUUGUGUGGUCAGGCAGCACUUGCUUGGGCAACCGAGCUUGAUAUAUCUACUGGGGAAGCUUUUAAUGAACAGGAAUUCGAAAUAAAGUUGAGUAUGAAAAAUUUUGAGUUGGCAUUCAGUCGCACGGGUCCUAGCGCUUCGCCCAAACUAAUGGAGAGUCUCGAGAAGUUCCAUAAAAAAUUUCAACAGUAA